CAAUAUCAGUGCGAGCAAUGUCGAAAGACGAGGAAGGUCCAGUGAGUCCAAUGGGAGAGAUUCUCAACGAUCCAUCACUCUCUUUAUCGGUGCUAUGUGUGGCUGAGCUUGAUGAACCUGUCGAUAUUUCUCAAGCCAAGAAAGCCAUUCGUGAUAUCCUGCUCAUUCAGAACUCAAGAUUCUCGUCUAUAGUGACUAAAGAUGAGAAGGGAGUUCUCAACUGGGAGAAGACGGAGGUUAAUGUGGACGACCAUGUAUUUGUGCCUCACUUUCCUCCCCAUCUCUCACUAUAUGAUAAGCAUGUAGAGGAAUAUAUUUCAGACUUGCAUUUAACCAAGCUUGAUCCCUCACGCCCACUUUGGGAGUACCAUUUCAUUAACUACAAAACCACAAAGGGCGAAGCCAUCGCCAUUCUAAAGUUGGAUCAUAUGCUGGGAGAUGGUGCUUCCAUUGCCUCUUUAACUCGGGCCUGUUCUACAACCGUCAUUUCUUCCCCUUCCAAAAAUCAUACUCUCCUUUCUCCCCCUUCCCAAAAUCCACAACACCCACCAAUAACUACGCAUAAAGACUCACAGGGUGAGACCACCACAUGGCCUGGCUUUGAAUUCAUAAGUAGGAUAUGGAAUGGGCUGUUAACUGUUGUGCUUGUAAUGUGGUACACUUUACAUGAUCUCAUUACCAGUUUUUUAAGAUCGAAAUGGAUGGAGGAUAGCAGGUUUCCUCUUCGAGGGCAUGCUGGAGUGGAGCUGUUGCCUAAAGUUAUGGCUUCUUGCACUUUUACACUCCAAGACAUUGGAGAAAUAAAGAAAUGCGUUGAUGGGACUGUGAAUGAUGUGGUAAUGGGCACCGUAUUCUACGGAUUUCAACUCUACUGCGGGAGGGUUCUUAGCGAUCUCAAAAACAUGGAGAAUUUGAGAGUUACAGCUAUAGCUUUAAUGAACACAAGGUCUCCACAUGGAAAAAAGAGUGUAGAGGAGAUGGGUAAAUCUAAAGCAGGAGCUACAAAGGGAAACAACUUUGGGUUUUUAUCCGUAGCAAUCCCUAUGAAGAAGUUGAAAAACCCUUUGGAGUAUGUCCGAAGAGCAAAGCAUAUGUUCGACAAGAAGAAAAUGUCACUGGCAGCUCUUUUAACAGGCAUAGUGUUGCACUAUGUUACACGAUUCAAAGGCGCACAGACUUCAGCUAAAGCUCUGUACAAUACAUUGGCCAACACUAGCAUUGUGGUGACAAACGUAAGUGGUCCAUCAAAGCAGAUAAUGCUUGCAGGGUACAAAAUUAGAGGUGGCUUCUUUUCAGUCUCGGGUUCUCCAACAAGUAUUCUUGUGACAUGCCACAGUUAUAUGGGAAAGCUGAGGAUGCAGGUGAUUACAACAAAGGGUUAUGUUGACGCAAAAAUGCUUUCUAUGUGCUUCCAAGAGGCAUUUAUUGACAUCAAGGAUGCCUCUGAAAAUGCAUUGGAUUCUUAGACAUUAGGGACGCCUCCUUAUUGUUGACGUUAAUUUUCUCAUGCAUGGAAAAAUGAAAUUUUAUUUACGUCUUGCCUAUUUAAAAUAAUGUUUAACGUGUUUUAUUUGGAACUACUUUCGGGUGAUAUUUCAAUCAAAGACUCUUUAAUUUCAA